GAUUGGUUUAGUGGUUUCGCGGACUUUGUCCGUCACGCGAUUUACUGGUUGACAGGAAGGCAGUGUUUAACGCGUGUUUGCUGCUUGUGAAGUUUGUUGAAGUUUUGGAAAUCCUCCUGUGUAUCUUUUGAAAUCUGCCAUGGCCAAUACAAACAUUACCAAUGGACAAAGUGACAGUAAAGACAUCUGGGACAGACAUAAUAAAAUGAUGGUAGAGCCACUUCGCGAGAAUGACCAAGAGGUUUAUCAGAUUAUUAGGAAUGAAAAGAAGCGUCAGACUUGUGGCUUGGAGCUCAUUGCAUCUGAAAAUUUUGCCAGUCGUGCAGUUCUUGAAGCUCUUGGCUCCUGCUUGAAUAACAAAUAUUCAGAAGGGUAUCCUGGACAAAGAUAUUAUGGAGGCACUGAAUUUGUGGACGAGUUGGAAAGACUGUGUCAAAAAAGGGCUUUGGAAGCAUAUGGCCUGGACCCUGAAAAAUGGGGAGUUAAUGUCCAGCCUUACUCUGGGUCACCAGCAAACUUUGCAGUAUAUACUGCUUUAGUUGAACCACAUGGCAGGAUAAUGGGAUUAGAUCUUCCAGAUGGUGGCCAUUUGACUCAUGGAUUUAUGACCGACAAGAAGAAAAUUUCUGCCACUUCCAUUUUCUUUGAAUCAAUGCCAUACAAGGUACAUCCUGACACCGGCUACAUUGACUAUGAUCGACUUGAAGAGAAUGCCCGUCUCUUCCACCCUAAAAUGAUAAUUGCAGGUGUGAGCUGUUACUCCCGUAAUCUGGAUUAUGCGAGGAUGAGGAAGAUAGCUGAUGAAAAUGGAUCUUAUCUUUUGGCUGAUAUGGCUCACAUUAGUGGUCUUGUGGCAGCAGGAGUUGUUCCUUCACCAUUUGAGUACUGUGACGUUGUUUCAACAACUACACAUAAAACUCUGAGAGGUUGCAGGGCAGGCAUAAUCUUUUACAGAAAAGGUGUUAAAAGCGUAGACCCAAAGAGUGGUAAGGAAAUCUAUUAUAAUCUGGAAGGACCAAUCAACCAGGCAGUAUUUCCAGGACUGCAGGGUGGCCCACAUAACCACGCCAUAGCAGGAAUAGCGGUAGCACUGAAGCAAACAAUGACCCCAGAGUUCAAAAGAUAUCAAAUGCAAGUGAUUGUGAAUUGUAAAGCAUUGGCAGCUGCUUUGAUUGAACUGGGAUACAAAAUUGUAACUGGUGGCUCAGAUAAUCAUCUUAUAUUGGUUGACUUACGACCAAAAGGGACUGAUGGAGGACGAGCUGAAAAAGUACUUGAGGCCUGCUCUGUUGCUUGCAAUAAGAAUACCUGUCCAGGUGACAAAAGUGCUUUGCGUCCCAGUGGUUUAAGAUUGGGAACUCCUGCGCUGACAUCCAGGGGACUAAUGGAAGAGGAUUUUAAAAAGGUUGCUAUGUUUAUUCACAAAGGAAUUGAACUAACUCUGGAAAUUCAGAACAGUAUGAAUCCCAAAGCAACACUAAAGGAAUUUAAGGAAAAGUUGGCUGGAGAUGAAAAUUGUCAAAUGAAAGUCAAUCAGAUAAAAGAAGAAGUGGAAAAAUUUGCUAGAAUGUUCCCAAUGCCUGGCCUGACAGACAUAUAGACCGUUUAUAUGUCUGCUAUAAGCCAAAAUAACAUUUUAGAACCAUAUUGAUGUGGAACCAAACACCUGAUAAUGCAGUAUGUAAUGCUAUAUUUAUUUGUAUGUUAAUUUCUCUGUCUUUUAAAAAUAGUAAAAGAAGCUUUAUCUUCUGACCUGACAAAUGUUGCCUGCUCAUAAGCAGCAUUUGUUAAGCAAAGAAUUUAAUGGGUGUAUUUGCCAACAUCAGUGCCAUGAUAAUAUUGUACACAUUACAAUCUAUAACUUACAAAUAAGCAUUUAAAGCCGCUACCAAAGAAAAAUGCAAGAAUACGAAACCGUGCCUUCAAAAAUUCCUAGUAAAGGUUGUUUUUGUAAGAAUUCCGUUCAUUAAAUAUAUGAAUAUUAAUCAUUAAAUUGUUAUACAUUAGUAAAACAUGAGAUGAUUAGACAUUACUGAUUAGCUAACUGAUUUAUUUGAAGUUCAUACUGUAAUACAAGUGCUGCUGGUUUAUGCACUGUAAUUUUAACAAACUGCUGAUUUUUCUAAUGUACUUGGUUUCUAAAUGCCAGCUUUUCUUCAUCUGUGAGGUGCAUGCCUCCAAACAAAUACCAUCUUCAAUAUUUCUCCAAAGUUGAUUUAGUAAGUGUUCAAUCCACAUCAUCAUGUUCUUGCCAAAGUAAUAAAUGGGCAUGAUAACAGUA